UAUAGCAAAAGAUGAUAAAAGCGGAGGCAAAGUGGGUCCCACAUCUCGUGACUGAAGAAAUAUCACAAACCAUACAGGUUUCUGCCACGACACCUUAAUGGUUACAGUGCGUGUGUCCACUGAUUCUUUCUUCAAAUCCUCAUCUCCUCUUCUUCUUCUUCUUCUUGGCCUUGCUCCCUUCAUUUCUGAAACACGCACACACAGAGAGAAGAAGAAACAUACUUUCCUGUCCUUUUUUUUUUUUUUUUAUGGGAUGGAGAGUACUAAUAGUAGCAACCUCAUAGCACCGUUCGUUAUGAAGACUUAUCAGAUUGUGAACGAUCCAACGACUGAUACACUAAUCACUUGGGGCAAAGCUAACAAUAGCUUCAUCGUGGUUGACCCUUUAGAUUUCUCUCAAAGAAUCUUGCCUGCUUAUUUCAAACACAACAACUUCUCUAGCUUCGUUCGCCAACUUAACACUUACGGUUUCAGAAAAGUUGAUCCAGAUAUAUGGGAAUUUGCAAACGAGUGGUUUCUUAGAGGGCAAAAGCAGUUCUUGAAGAAUAUAGUUCGUAGGAAACACAGCAAAAGCUCAUGUAAGAUUGAAGAUUUUGACAAUGAAGAACUGGUAAUGGAAAUAGCAAGGUUAAAGCAAGAACAGAGAGUUUUAGACGAAGAACUUGAAGGCAUGAAUAAGCGUUUAGAAGCAACAGAAAGACGUCCUCAACAAAUGAUGGCUUUCCUUUACAAAGUGGUUGAAGACCCCGAUAUUCUUCCUCGUAUGAUGCUACAAAAGGAACAGACUAAGCAAUUAAAUAGUGACAAGAAGCGUCGUCUAAUGAUUUCUUCUUCCUCCUCUUCCUCUGGCGGUGCUGCUGUUUCUAGCUCAGUCAAGUCUGAAGAGGAAGAAGAAGGUAAUAUUGGUGCAAUAUCCUCCCCAGAAAGUGGGUUCGGUAUUGAUAACAACAAUAAUUAUAAUAAUCUUUAUCAGUCUUCGCCGUCCCCGGAGACAAAUUUUAUAGGGUGGUUAGGAGAUGGGAACUAUGGUUGCGCGGAGGUGGCGCCGGCACCAAUAACUGGAGGGAUUGGGAAUAGUGUGAAACUGGCGGUGUCUCCUCCACCGCAGAUGCCAGUGAAUGGUAUAAUAUGUUAUGGUGGUGGCAGUGGUGGAAAUGGUGGUGAUAGAGGCAGUCAAACAAGCUAUUUUGGAGAAUUGGCAACGGCGGUGGAGGCUAAACCACCGCCGCCUCCUUAUCCAUUUUCACUCUUGGGUGGUGACUUUUAGUUUAAUUAGUUGUUAUUCAAAGGGUUUAUCUUGAUUCCUACCUUCCUGUGUUUUUUUUUUCUUUUUCCUUUUUUGGUAUAUUGGUUUAUCCAUCUUCUAAUAUUUUGUUGUAAAAAAGAAAAAAGAUUACUUAUAUGUGGUUAAUAUACAGUUUAUAUUGAAAUAUUUAUAUUUA